GCCCGCCAUAGCAGUCAUGGCGUCGUCCCUGGGAGGGAUGUUUACCGGGCAGCCUCCAGGUCCUCCUCCGCCGCCGCCCGGGCUCCCAGGCCAGCCGUCCCUUCUGCAAGCAACCCCUGGAGCUCCGAGACCAUCUAACAGCACUUUGGUGGACGAGUUGGAGUCAUCAUUCGAGGCUUGCUUUGCUUCCCUUGUGAGUCAGGAUUAUGUCAAUGGGACUGAUCAGGAAGAAAUUCGAACUGGUGUUGAUCAGUGUAUCCAGAAGUUUUUAGACAUUGCAAGACAGACAGAAUGUUUUUUCUUACAAAAAAGGUUGCAGUUGUCUGUCCAGAAACCAGAUCAAGUUAUCAAAGAGGAUGUCUCAGAACUAAGGAGUGAAUUGCAGCGGAAAGAUGCGCUGGUCCAGAAGCACUUGACAAAGCUGAGGCAUUGGCAGCAGGUACUGGAUGAUAUCAAUGUGCAGCACAAGAAGCCAGCUGACAUGCCUCAGGGCUCCUUGGCCUACCUCGAGCAGGCAUCUGCCAACAUUCCUGCACCUCUGAAGCAGACCUAAGCACUCCUGCCUGUGGUGGAGCCCUGCAGUCUGCUAGACCUUUCCUAACAGACCUGGCAUAUUGGAAGGACAAUUUUGGAUAAUGAGUUGGUAUUUGUUUAUGUCCCUAUUUAUAAGGUAGGGUUUCAGUAUGAAGCCCGGCUCGGCCUUGAACCUGUUAUCCCCUGCCUCAGCUCCUCAGUACUCUAAAUUCUUGAAUACUUUAUAAAAUACCUGUAUCUUUGAUAAAGUAAAGUUCGGUUUUGUUUUUUUGUUUUUUUGUUUUUUGUUUUUUUUUUAAAUCUUUAGCACUGUUAAAUUUUUACAAAAAUUCUUACUUGGCCUUUACCAUUUGUUUUGACAACAUUUUGUGGCUUCAUCUUCCUUUUUUUUUUUUUCUUAAGCUAUGAAUUUGGUGGAAAAUCUGAAGGAAAAAAUGUUUAAUGGUUUGAGAAACCAGGGAUACAGAGUUUGGUUGUCAGCCUUAGUAAUGACCCAUGUAGUGUAGACAAAUAUGUAAAUGUGCUGUUCCAAAACUGAGCUCCCUCGUGAGGACUCUGGCAUGGCAGUGUGAUGCUUCCAGGGUGGCACAAGGCGAGCGUAUUUUACAGGUGACUCAGAAGGGGUUAAAAUAUGCUGUUCAUGUAGAUUACAGCAGGAUACUUACCUUAAUGCUGGAUUUUUAUCUGGGCUAAGUUACAUUUUCUGAGUCCUUAUUCACUCUGUCUUGAAGGCACACAUAUUAGGAGUAUGGCAUGCUGAGAGCUCUCAGGCUGUGAUGGUCAGCAUAAGGAUGGAGUCCCAGGGAAGGCUCCCGUGAGGAAUAAGGCCAAAGACCUGCUUGGAUUGUCUCUGUCUCUGCGUUUUAUUUGCUUGUUUGUUUGUUUUGUCCUCCCACCCCCCAAAGCCAAUCACUUCUCUUUACCUAAAACAAACACUCCACACCUCUUGAACAGUCAGUGCAUCUCCAGCUUGGUUUUGUCCAACUUGGUUUCUGGAUAGUUGAAGCCCAGGUUACAAGUGUUAACAUCCACUAUCCAUCUGGUCUCCGAAGCUUCAGAAUGCCUCUUCACUGCAUCCCAGGGCACAGUGUUUUGUUUUGUUUUUAAUUUUGUCGACGUUCUUAAAUUCUACAUAUGCUUUAUGAAUUGUGACUAUGUUAGUUGCUCUAUUGUAUGCCUGUUAGAAUUAGGAAUUUCUUGAUUAUGCAAGAUCGUACUAUUUUCAUGUGUAUGCUUGAUUGUAUGAUAUUUAGUGCCUGGACCAAUUAGAAUCAGUCUGAGGCCAUCAAAUCCCUUUAAUUAGAAUAUAUAAAUUAAACAAAGUAUUGAAAAAUUUAGGCUGGCAUGGUGGCAUGCGUAUAAUCCAGCAUUUGGGAGGUAGAGGAAGAAGGCUGGAAGUUUAAUCUCCUCUUCAGCUACAUAGCAAGUUGGAAGCUGUUGUAGGCUACAUGAGAUCUGCCUCCCUCCCCUCAACCUCUGGCAAGACAACAAACAAACAAACAAACACCCUAAAACCCUUGAAUGACAGCUUGGCAGUUGUUGGAUUUUUUGGCUAAAACCUAAAUAAACUGGUUACAUUUUG